UCGUUUUUCCCCAACGUCACUCUAAAACGUCACUCUCCAUCCGCGUUUUGUCAACAUUUAUUGUGAUGUUCGUGACUGAUAAAUAAUCAAUUCACCUCCGAUAUAGAUCUCGUUCGAAGGUCAAAUCACUCAAAUCGCCAUAUUCCACCCAACCUGUCCCUAUCUCGCAAUGAUUACCUCUUAUCUUCUUCCUACCGCCGCUCGCUCUCAUCAGUCCCUCACAUGAACCUCCGCAGUAAUGAAAUCAAAAGUCGAUACAAAAGUGUGCGGUGUGUGCGGCGACAAAGCCCUAGGUUACAACUUCAAUGCUGUAACAUGUGAGAGCUGCAAGGCGUUCUUCCGGCGCAAUGCCCUCGUCCAGAAACAGUUCAAGUGCCCCUUCAAUGACCAGUGCGAGAUAACGACCAUUACGAGGCGCUUUUGUCAAAAAUGCCGACUCGACAAGUGCUUCGCGAUCGGAAUGUGCAAAGACCUGAUAAUGUCCGAGGAGGACAAGCAUUUGAAACGGCAGAAAAUCGAGGAGAACCGCGCCAGGAAACGCAGCAAAAUACACGGCUUCAAGUCCGGCUUUAAAAAAGUCAAAAAGGAGAGUGUGGAGGCCGACUCGCAGGACUCGCAAUCGGGGUACAGUUUCAUCGAUUCAGACAGCUCCAAAGACAUGGGGUACCAGCCUAAUGGCACCCCAAAUCCGGUCACUGUCGAUUUGGGGAACGAGAGACUGGUGACGUCUAGUGAUGAUGUUUCGAUGAUCAGGAAUAUGUUGAACAAUACACCCAACAGUGCCACUGGGUCAAAGAGUGUUGAUGACAGCGCCCUUAUCAGCCUCAUUAAUAAUAACGACGUUAAUUGUAAUAAUAACGACCCAACUUCGUCGAGUAAGAGCACUUUAGAUGUCACUAAAGAUGUCGUGGAGGACGUCCAUAGGGUGUCCAUAGAGCCGAACUCAAUCGAGUCGAUCCUUUGUGAGGCAAUAAAAUUAGAAUUCGAGGCGUACUCCUCAAUUGCCCAAUGCCAUUCAAAUUCUCGGGAACUAAACGAUGCUGAAAGAGCCAAACUGAAUGAGUUAAUCGUCGCCAAUAAAGCACUCUUAAAUCCGUUAGACGACGAACUCAACACUCUGAUCGGAAACGAUUACAAGUUUCGGGGCAAUCCCCAACAGGCCCUCGAGACCGACCCGGCCCUGGUCGACGUCAUCAACCUCACUGCUAUCGUCAUUCGCCGAUUGAUAAAAAUGGCGAAAAAAAUCAACGCCUUCAAAAACAUGUGCCAGGAGGACCAAGUCGCCCUGCUCAAAGGGGGAUGCACCGAAAUUAUGAUCCUGCGAAGUGCGAUGAACUACGAUCCGACGAAACAGACGUGGAAGAUCCCCCACAGUCAAGAAACGUUCAACCUCAACGUGGAUAUAUUGAAGUUGGCCAAAGGCAACGUCUACCAAGAGCACGAGCGUUUCAUUAACACGUUCGAUCCCAAAUGGAGAUCGGACGAAAAUAUCGUCCUGAUCCUGUGUGCCAUCACGUUAUUCACGCCUGAUCGACCCCGAGUGGUUCAUCAAGACGUGAUUAAGCUCGAACAGAACGCCUAUUAUUACCUCCUCAGGAGAUACCUCGAGAGCAUCUACCCCGGCUGCGAGGCGAAAUCCACAUUCCUUAAACUGAUACAAAAAAUCGCAGAGCUGCACAGGUUCAAUGAGGAACUGAUCAAUGUGUACCUGGACGUAAACCCCUCACAAGUGGAGCCCCUACUCAUUGAGAUAUUCGAUUUGAAACACUGACAUGACCACAACGUGCAAUUAGAUUAGCUAAAGGACUGAGUUUAGUUGUAAUUGUAAAUAAAUAGUUUUAUCGAAUCAGCAAUAAUUGUUAUUUAUUCUUGUAAAUAAAGUAUUGAAGAGAUCAGA